CGAGUGCAUAUUGUUAGCAAUCAUGGAUAAUAGUAUCCUUAAAUAUUUCCUUUUAUUCUGUAUCACUGUGCUUACUGCACAAGCAGUCGAUCUCACCAGCGAUUGUGUUAAAAGUGAAAAUCCAGUUUUAUGCAAAAGUGCAAACUUCCUUGCUAAAGCAUUAAAUCAAGUCGUUGCAAAUCAGGAUGAUGAAACAUUGCGAUUAAUGCCCGGAUUAGAGCUUGUACAGAAUGAGAAUCUUAACAAGAUUUAUCAUGAAAAUGACGAACGCUCAAUGGACGAGGAGAAGAAUGAUACAUUCUUUGUUAGAAUCGCAAAAUAUCUUCAGACACACGAUUUGAAAAUUAAAUUUUCGGAUAUUGUUGGAAAAACAGAUUUGCAAGAAAUCGUAAACAACGUCUUCAAUAGCGAUGAUCCUGCAAUUAUUGAAGCUCGUAAAAAGGACAAGGGAGGCGGAAUGAUGCUCAUGUCAAUGUUGAUGAUGGGCAAAAUGAUGGCAACAAUGGGUCUCGGAGGUGUUGGUGCUCUUGCAGCUAAAGCGCUUGGUGUUUCAAUGAUGGCACUUAUGCUUGCUGGAAUUGUUGGAUUGAAAAAAUUAGCUGAAGGUGGCGGAGAUGGAGGUCAUUCCGUUCAUUAUGUAAAUGCCGGCGGUGGUGAUCAUCAUAGAAGACGACGAUUUGUUACAAAAGAAGAAAGACACCAUGCGCCACUUCCUUACAGAGGUUAUGACAUCCAAUGAUGAAACUGAAAUUGAUGUAAUUUAUGAUAGUAAUUUAUUGUUUUGUGUACCUCCUAUGUAUUAAUUUAUUUAAUUUAAUUUAUUUUGCCCACCUUGUUCCUAUUGUCCUUCUGCUGUUCUGUCCUAUUUCGAACUUGCAAGACG